AUGGCACAGAUGUAUGUGUACAGCUACGAGCAGCUAGUAGCGAUUGUAAAUCAACAAAAUGCUAAAAUAGCCCAACAGGCUGCAGUGAUUAUCAACCUGCGAUCAGAGCGACAGUGGCUGGAAGAGGAUAAUCAGACUCAGAGAGAGGGGUUGGAAAAAUCUCAAAAGAACCUCAAGGAUCUCGAAACAUCGAGAAAGUUAAAAGAAAGUAAAUUGAGAAAAGAGUUACAGCAGCUAAAGGAAUCUCAUGGAGACAUCAAGUGGAGGCAUAAGAACGCUGUUAGGGAAUUAAACCAUGAGAAAGGAAAAAACCUCAAGAUGAAGGCUCACUGUACUUCACUGUUGGAGAAGCUUGAUGAGAGCAACCAGGAACUUCGGCAGAAACAAAAAGAACUUGACCGAGCAAAACAGGAACUCGAUUUGGGCUACACUCUGGGCGAGUGUAUGUAUCAACACCUUAGAUAUUAUUACUGGGGGUACUUUGAACUGCUAAAGUACUUCCAGUGGUCCAGGCCAUCGUCUGGAGGAGCGACCAUCACAGAGCUCGACAGUAAUGAAAUAACAUCAAUAGAAGAAAAUACGGUUGCAGUGCUGCCUCAUAGUUAUAGCCUAACACAGGAAGUCCUGGUGUCAUCAAAACCAUGUUCGAAAACAGUCAUAGUACCUGUAUUAGACGCCGACAAAAUACCUGCACCUGUGAACAUGGUGAAGGAAACGGAAACGGAUUCCCCAACAACUCUGACAGCGCAGAAUGUCAUCCAGUCAGACAGAAGUAACAGCAUCUGUCCCCAAACAGCUUACAUCCCGAGCAAUGCUCCCUCCCGAGACCUAAACCCAAUCGAGUUCCUGCUCUUCAAUAAUAACACCACCAGUUGGUCUAUCUGUCAAGUUCCUGGCGUGCCUCAAAUAUCAGCUCUCCACAGUGAAGUGCCUACAAGACCGAGCAACCACCUGCAGCUUGCUAUUUCUGCACCUGAGUGCCUUAAUACAGCAAACAAACUACCCGGAGCUGUUAAAGGAGUUGGCCCAGCACCUCGGAUACCAAAGAUUGAACGUUUAAUCCCUACCAUGGUAACCAAAUCAGAGGGUGUUAACAUCACCUCUGGCGAGACUGACACGUUUAAAUCUUCGUCGAAGGAAAGUAAAGAGGAACACGAGAUUAGAAGUGACGAACCAAAAGAUGGACAUUGCCACUCGACCACUGUUACUUCCGAGCAUUGGUUCCCCCUCGCGAACAACGGCCGUGAACUUGUAGACUUUGAUGGUGAAAAGCAAGUUUCAACUCGUAAACGAACUGGAGUGAAAAAAACACAGUCUUUGGUGAGUUGGCUAAAAAAUUCACAGAUACUCUACAAAAUUUAACUGGCCUAAAAGGGUUUUAGUAGAUCAAGUUUUAUGAAGAUCGUGGAAGAGGGUCUCAAUGGGGUGGUAGCUUUUACGGUUAUCGGCUAAAAUUUUGGCUAUUUUACGGCUAUCGCUUAUUUUUUUUCAGUUACGGUUAACAAAAAACUUAAAAAUUAACUUCUUUUGUUUCAAAAAGUUAUAUAUUAAUUAACCUGUAUUUUUUGUAUCUUUAAAUCGAAAGAGGGUCUUGAGAUCAUCUCGGGAUGAAACAAACUAUUCUUUUGAAAAUUUUUAACAUUUGGUAGAUCAUACUUUUUAUGAAGUAUUUCACUUCUAACAUUAUUUUAUAAAUAGAAAUGUCAAUAGUCAAUUUAAAAAUAAUCUUUGUGAAAAAGCAAAAGCGAACACGCAAACGCCCAACUCAAGGCCGGGGCGCGACAUUCAUUAUAACAGAAAUGGCUAGAGACGGAUUACUCGUGUGAGACGGGUUAUCCGUUUGAUGAUUCGCGUCCGUGAGAUAGGUAAUACUUCGUAAUUUGAAAAUGGAAUAGUUUUAAUUUUGAAUGAACUUUAUCCGUCAAUUUCGACGGACAGUUUCAAGACGGGAUUAUCCGUUCCAGAUAGCCUGUGUACAGUCGCCCCCUCCCCUCAGAAAAAAUCGGAGAAUGGGUGUCUGUGGGAAGGGCGCUACUGUGCACAGGCUAGUCUCAGACGGAUAAUCCAUCUCUAGCUUUAGCGUGAAAACGGAUAACAAAAUUCCCGUGUCCAGUGUUUUUAAUGAUAGCGAAGGACUAUACGGAACGACUGUCUGCCGUUGCCUUGUCCGUAGGCCUCAUUAUUCCGCGCGGCUAAUGCCUUUCGGUUCACGUGGUCGUAGCGAGUUCGCCACCGAAAUGCCUUGACCGAGAUUACGUGGGAAGACGCCGUACAGGGAAGGCAAUGUCUACCGUGGCGUCAGAGAAAAACAGGGAUAUGUUGUUUAUCGGCAACGUGUUUUGCAAACAGUGACAUCUCUGCGUGUUGUUUUAUUAAUGUUUUGUGGGCACCACCUCCUGAAAAUCGCAAAUAUUAAUCCCCAGAAAGAAGCCACACUUUCGCUAUGGAAAAAAUUAGUUCCCCGAGAGAGUGGACGAAAUGGAGCCUAGGUCUUGGUCAACACCUAAAAGGCGCUUCAUCUAACGUACGUACGUAGUCACAAUAGCCGGGAAAUAAAAAACGCAACCAUAAGUGAGUUUUGUACCUCCCUUAAAAAUGGCAAAUCUAGGGAACAGUUUCUUUUACGGUUAACUCGUUUUUACUCUAUUUACGGCUAACGGUUAAAAUUUUUUACUUUUUACGGCUAUCGACUAAAUUUUUGGCCGUUUUACGGCUAUUGGUUAACCCCAUUGAGAUCCUCCUGGAAGGGUCGAGAACUAUGUAUGCACUAAUAAGUAAGUGCGUGAUUGACGCUGGGGUUAGGGUGACGUUUAACAUGAUUUUGUUAACCUUUCUAAGAGCGUCGCAAAACAACAUGGUCCGUAUUUACCAUAAGCAACUGUUUUUAAACCCAAAUUCUAACUUGCUCGUGUAAGUGGGGCUUCGUUCUCGGUAGAGGCGACAUUUUGUGCGCAUGCUCUCUUAUGUUUAUCUUACUGUUUUCAUGUCAUGGUCGCUCCGCCGCUUUAAAAAAGAGUUCAUGACUAAAAACGGCAGGUUGUUGGAAAUUAAAACGCUGUCAGUUUCUCGGACCAAAAAAACUUAAAAAGUAUCUUAUCAGUGUGGGUAAAUCUUCGUCGUUUUUGAAGACAGCGGUUUAAUUAACUGGGUAUUUUAGUACUAAACAAUCUCCUUUGGUUUUUAUACUUUAUCUUUGCAGAAAGAAAGAGUGAACAGAUUUAUCUCCUGGCUACGACACCAUUCUUGCCGCAGACCUAAAACAGAAGACUGA